AGGUGGAAAAAUGGGCGGUUUUACAACAGGUGCAAUAAAAACAAACCUGUGCUUCUCACCUUCGCUUUCUUUAUCUUAGAUCAGCUCAGUGGUUGUUGUUGCUGUUGAAGUCAAAGUAAAACCAUGGUUCAGGUCAUUAAUUCUGCAGGGAUGGAGACCUUAGUGAGGCUCAUCGUGCUCCUUCCUGUGACAGUCACUCCACAGCGUUUUGAGGCUGAUCCAGUAACAGUAACAGCAGCAGUCGGCAGUGAUGUUAUUCUACCAUGUGUGUCAAAGGACGAGAUCAAUGUGACAGAUCUGAUCAUAGACUGGACGAAAGAAGGGGACGAAAUUUAUAUCUUCCAAGAAAAGAAGCCAAGUUUCCGUCACAAAGAUUACAAGGACCGAACAUCUGUCUUCACCAAAGAACUGCAGAACAACAACUUCUCCAUCAAACUGUUUGGAGUGAAGCAGACGGAUGAAGGACAGUUCUCCUGCUGUUAUUAUGGUGAUGGGAAAGGGAGGAGAUGUACUAAUGUGACUCUGACUGUUAUAACUGAAUCUUCAGCAAACAUAAGUGAGGUUAAAGAAAACCCUAAAGAUCCCGACCUCCGUCCUGACGCCGCCGUCAUGGCCGCCGUCUUGGUGCUGCUUUGUGUUGGUCUUGGAGUUGGCAGCUUCAUUUCGUGGAAACGUCGAAACGGAUGUGGAGCACAAGACGAGACCCAAACUAACACUGAGACCCAACAGAACCGAGCUGAGGCCACGUCUCUGACUGUCGUCACUAUGAGCGACGAAGAACAGGAGGCUGAACAGGACCAUCAUCAUCAUCAGUAAGAACUAAUGAAGCGAUGGAAAAGGAGGCUCAUCAGGCAGAUGUUGAUCAUCUGGAUUAAACUACAACUUGUUUGAGUUGAGCUGUUGUUUCUCUACUUCAGGUUUUCUGUGUUUUACUUCAGUUGUGAAGCUACAUUGAAAUUAUUUUUUUAUUUCUUUCUUUUUAAAAAGUUCCCAUUUUUAUAAGUGUACUGUAAAUAUAGAUUAAACAUGUUAAAAACAUAAAA